AUGUUUUGUGCACUAUCAGGGGAAUCGAUUGACAUAGCAGUAGCGUCAAAAAAAAGCGGAAAAACUAAUGAGGAUCUGUGUACAGGAAAUAUUUUUGAAAAACGAUUGAUAGAGGCAUAUAUUGAAGAAAAUAAGGCAGAUCCAGUGACAGGAGAGUCUUUGACGUUAGAGGAUUUGCUAGAAUUGAAAAGUAGUUUUUUUAGACGAGAGAAUAACAAAAACUUAUUUUUUAAAACAGCACCAAAAACGAUUCGAGGACGGCCGCCUCAGGCAACAUCUAUACCAUCUUUGUUGGCUAUUUUUCAGAAUGAAUGGGAUUCUUUGGCACUAGAAACGUAUAAUUUAAAGCAACAGUUAAAUCAAGCACGACAAGAGUUAAGCACGGCGCUUUAUCAGCACGAUGCAGCUUGUCGAGUGAUUGCACGUCUUUUAAAAGAGCGGGAUGAAGCAAGGGAAGCAUUGAAGACGAUUAAGAUUGCAUCAGGGCCUUCAAACAAUGCACCAGUUGACAGUGAACAAAUGGAUAUGGAUGUACAAACACUUCCUGAACAUAUAACUCAAAAGAUUGAUGAGACGCAAAAAGUAUUGUCUUCGAAUCGAAGAAAAAGAAAAGUUCCUACAGAUUGGACUACUACAGAGCAAGUGCAACAAUUCAAGUCUUCAAAAGUAUUUGAGCCUUUCCAAUCUAAGAUAACUUCUAUUGCUGUAGCACAACAGGGAACUAUGAUUUUAGUUGCAAGUAAGAAUAUAGUGAAAAUAUAUCGUGAUAUGGAUGAAAAUCCUGCAUAUUCUUUAGAAUGUGGUAAAGAUGAGAUCACAUGUGGAUUGUGGAUGAAUGAACUACCUAUUAUUGCAAGUUCAACCGGUUUUAUUUAUAUUUAUACAUCGCUGGAUGGAAAUACUAAAAAGAUAUCUACUCAUCAGAGCAAAGUAACUGCUAUCGCUUUACAUCCAUCAGGUGGUCUACUUGCCUCUGUGACUGUUGAUGGAGAAUGGGCAUUUCACGAUCUUUAUACUGAGCAAACUGUUUUAAAGAAUCAAUUUACCACUGCUCAAUUUCAUCCAGAUGGCCAUCUCUUUGGAUCUGGAACAACUACUGGGCAAGUUAAAAUAUAUAAUGUUAAAACGGGUAAAAAUGUCGCCAAUUUUGAUUCACACAAAGGUAUCAUUACUUCUCUUUUUUUCUCAGAAAACGGUUAUUGGCUUUCUGUUGCAUCUAGUCAAGACCCUCAUGUACACAUCUGGGACCUUCGAAAUAAUACUCAAACUCAUUUUCUAGAUGUUGCUGGAUCCAUUGUUUCACUUUGCUGGGAUUAUACUGGCCAGUUUCUUGCUGUCGGUACCACUCAGGCAACCGUUAUAUGGUAUUACACAAAAUCGUCUAAAUCUUGGUCAAAAAUACAAGAAAUUAUGCAUCCUGCUUCUCAUUUAUUGUGGGGAUCUUAUGCUGCCUCACUUGUUACUGUAAAUAACACACAACUAACUAUUUAUUCAACUUAA